AAGUUGAGAGUCGAGAAACCGCUACGUCUGCAACAGGAGAAGAGGGCGCCGUAAGCGCGGAUGGAGAAAUAAGAAAACUGCAGGCGACCUUUGAACCUUCUUCCUUUGUUAUCCCAGAGAAAUCACGGGACAGUCAUUAGUCGUAAAGUGAAUCAUGUAGGAAUGAAUGUUUGAAGAAUUCUGCAGAUAGCAGAAAAGCUGCAAGCUAAAGCAAAGGAAACCAGUUUUCCCGGAUGCGCCGACUGCUUUCUCAGUUUUCCAUCGCUGACAAUCCUUCAACUAGGUUAGAACUGGACAAAUACAUGAUUUGGCGUUGUUUUAGUUGUCCAAAUAACUACGGUGUAAAACACGUUUAGUUCUUAGAGUUAGAAACGUUCUGUCUGUCCACUUUUUGGAGUUACUUCAUGGGAUAUUAAACAGAAAAUGUUUUAAUCCACAUACGAAUUUUCGAUUUGGAACCUUUUAAGGAUUUAUAAAUCUAAAAGCUUUCCUUCAAAAUGACAUCUGUCCAUUUCAACCCUGGGCUCGAUUCCAAAGAAGUUAAUGGUAAUGACAUUAAAGAAGAGGCUGAAGUGCAAAUUGAUGAUGGGAAGGAGGAGAGAGCAGAUCCAGACACCAUGUACCAUCGUGUCCGGAAAAUGAUAUCUCCUUUUGUGAUGUCCUUUGGAUUUCGUGUGUUCGGUCUGGUACUGAUCAUUGUGGAUAUUAUUCUGGUGAUAGUGGACUUGUCUCUAUCAAACAAGAGUCGUGAUGUAGGAAGUGCACUGGAGGCUGUUUCUCUGGUCAUCUCUUUCUUUUUCCUCAUCGACGUGCUACUCCGUGUCUUUGUGGAGGGAUUCAAGGUGUACUUCAGCUCAAAACUGAAUAUAAUAGAUGCUUGUAUCGUGGUUGUUACCCUGGUGGUCACCAUGAUCUACACAUUCUCAGAUUUCUCAGGAGCCAGUUUGAUUCCUAGGUUGGUGUCAUUCCUGAGAUCUCUGAGGAUUCUUAUACUGGUACGGAUCUUCAGAUUGGCCUCUCAGAAGAAGGAGCUUGAAAAGGUCACCAGAAGAAUGGUGUCUGAGAACAAAAGGCGGUACCAAAAAGAUGGAUUUGAUUUGGAUCUCACAUAUGUCACAGACAGAGUCAUUGCCAUGUCAUUUCCAUCUUCUGGCAAGCAGGCGCUCUACAGAAACCCUAUCAGAGAGGUUGCCAGAUUCCUGGACACCAAACAUCAGGAUCACUACAAAGUCUUUAAUCUCUGUAGUGAGAAGGGAUAUGAUUCCAAAUUUUUUCAUUAUCGAGUGGAGCGCAUUAUGAUAGAUGAUCACAAUGUACCAUCACUUGAGGAUAUGCUGCGAUACACAGCGUGCGUCAGGGAUUGGAUGUCUGCGGACUCAAGGAAUGUGAUCGCCAUUCAUUGCAAAGGAGGCAAAGGACGAACGGGUACAAUGGUGUGCACAUGGCUUAUUGACAGUGACCAGUUUGAGAGCGCACAGGAGAGUUUGGACUACUUUGGGGAAAGAAGAACUGAUAAAAGUAUGAGCUCAAAAUUUCAGGGUGUUGAAACUCCCUCUCAGAGCAGGUACGUUGGUUAUUAUGAGAUCAUGAAGAAUCAGUACAACCGUCAGAUGCCACCUCCAAAGACUCUGAAGAUUAAAAGCAUUCGUAUUCACUCCAUUGCAGGUGUGGGAAAGAGUAAUGGGAGUGAUCUGAAGGUGAAGAUCAUAGUAAAGCGAGAACUUGUCUUCCAGUGUGUUUGUGCCAAACAUGAGAACUGUACGUUGUUUCCUGACAUUGGCAACAAUGCAGUGGUCAUAAGUUUACAGGAAGGGCCGGUUGUGACUGGUGAUGUCAAGGUUAUGUUUGAAUCCAGUGCUGGUCUACCAAAGGGAUAUGAGGACUGUCCAUUCUAUUUCUGGUUUAAUACCUCUUUUAUAGAGAAUAACAGGCUCUUUCUCUCAAGGGAAGAAUUGGACAAUCCACACAAAUCUAAGACCUGGGACAUCUACAAGGAGGACUUUGGUGUGACGUUGUCUUUCACAGACCCUUAAGUCGAGAAUAUUUUUCUGUUCAAUGCUAUUCACUGUGCCAUGGAUAACUUGUUAUUGUUAAACUGAUAUUUUUGUAGUUUCCUACUUUGAAGGAUAAAAAAGGGAUGGUUUCACUGAUGUACUGUUGUCAAGCUUUCCAAAUAAACCUAAAAUAUGACAAAGA